AUGGGCGGCGGCGACGGGGCCGCCCUGAAGCGGCCGGGGGACGGCGCCCGCCUGCAGCGCGCCCUGGGGCUGGGCUCCCGCCGCGCGCCCCGCGCCCUGCCCGCCGGGGCCCCCGCGCGCCCCGCGCCGGGCCAUGCGCGCCCGGGCCCCGCCGCGAUGAGCGCGCAGCUCGCCAAGAGCGAGUCCGAGACGUCGCUGCUCCGGACGGCCGCGGCCGGCGGGGGCGGCCGGGCCCCCCGCCACGGCCCGGCCCGCGAGCCCGGCGCGGGGCUGCUGCGCUCCGGGGACCCCAGCUCGCGCCGGCCGCUGUGCCGGCCCGCGCCCCGCGAGGAGGGCGCGCGGGGCAGCCGCCGCGGGCCCCGGGAGCCGCCGCCGCCCCGACCCUCGCCGGCCCGCGGGCGGGACGCGGGGGCGCCCGGCCGGUCGCCCCGGCUCGGCCUCCGGGGCUCGCUGCGCGCCCGGGCGGGCGGGGACGCCGCGUCCGAAGCAGACCCGCUGCUGCUGCACCAGCUGCGCCCCAUGCUCAGCUCCGCCUUCGGCCAGGACAGAUCUCUGCGACCGGAGGAGAUCGAAGAGCUCCGGGAGGCCUUCCGGGAGUUCGACAAGGACAAGGACGGCUACAUCAACUGCAGGGACCUGGGCAACUGCAUGCGCACCAUGGGCUACAUGCCCACCGAGAUGGAGCUCAUCGAGCUGUCCCAGCAGAUCAACAUGAACCUGGGUGGCCAUGUGGACUUCGACGACUUCGUGGAGUUAAUGGGUCCCAAACUCCUGGCGGAGACGGCAGACAUGAUCGGAGUCAAGGAGCUCCGAGAUGCUUUCAGAGAGUUUGACACCAACGGCGACGGGGAGAUCAGCACCAGCGAGCUGCGGGAGGCCAUGAGGAAGCUCCUGGGCCAUCAGGUGGGACACCGGGACAUAGAGGAGAUCAUCCGAGACGUGGACCUCAACGGGGAUGGACGAGUGGACUUCGAAGAAUUUGUCCGGAUGAUGUCCCGCUGAGGCCUGGAGGGCCCCUCGAGGACUGCCAAACUCCCCGGGCCGGGAGAGGAGCACGGGGCCUGCCUCAGCCCGCCUCACCCGCCGCCACCGCUGCCUCCGCCGAGCGCCCAGGGCGGCAGGUGGAAGGAGCCUGCCUGCACCCCGGGGAGCCCCCGGACCCCGCCCCUCUGCACUGUGAAAGACUCUCCUGCAACUGGAAAGGGAGGCGCCGGCCGCCGCCGAGGGGCCCAGUGCCAAGCCGGCAGAGGUCCUGCCAGGUGCCCAGUGCCAGGGACCAGCCGCCGCUGGCCGGGCGGGCCGGGGAGCCAGCCAGAGCCCGCACCAACGCAUGCCCGCUCCCGGGGGCUCAGCCUCAGCCUCAGCCUCAGCGUCCCCUGGCUCUGUGCCAUCCUUGCUCGCCCCAGCCCGUCUCUCCCGACCAAUAAAGGGUUUCCAAAGGAAA